AUGAAGUACGCCUGCGACGCCGCGACGAAGACCUGCGCGCUCGCCCCCGGCGGCGCCUUCUGGGCCAAGGCCGACUGCGAAUCGUCCUGCGGCUCGCCCGAACCCUCGACGAAGUACGCCUGCUCCAACGGCCAGUGCGUGGAGAAUGCCGCCGGCAGCUUCGCCGACUACCAGUCCUGCGAAGCGUCCUGCGCGAGCCCCGCGACGAAGUACGCCUGCUCCAGCGGCCAGUGCGUCGAGGCGCCCUUUGGGGCCUACGCGGAUUACUCGUCGUGCCACGCGCAGUGCUCGACGCCCCCGGGCCCGACGCCGUCGACGUGCGCCUGGAAGGCCGACACGGGGCUCGACGGCGUCAACGCGUUCAUCACGACCGUCGCCGACGAGGCCGCCUGCUGCCAGAUGUGCCACCUCUCGACGAAGUGCGAGGCCGUCUCCUUCAUCUCCGGCGCCUGCUACGGCUUCACGGCCGGGUUUUCCCUCUCCGCGGGCCUCCCGGGCAUCUCCGCCGCGGUCCUGUAG